AUGGUUGUGGCAAACAAUGCCAUAAGGCUGUGUGAAAUCAGGGAAGCAGGGAUCACAGAUCAGGGCACAUUUAGGAAUACCAACAACGUGAGCCUGACCACCAUUGACCGCAUCCUAAGAAGGAACCAUAUGGCCAUGAAGCAGCUCUAUAGAGUUCCAUUUCAAAGGAACUCUGAUGUUGUGAAGGAGGCCAGAUGCCAAUUUGUGGAGGGAAUAAUGGAGCUUGAAGUUGAGGAGGCACAUCAUGUCUUCAUUUAUGUUGAUGAAGCCAGCUUCAAUCUCAGCAAAGUGAGAAGACAUGGAAGGAAGCUCAUUGGGCACAGGGCCACUAUCACAGUUCCAGGACAGAAGGGUGCCAACAUAACCAUGUGUGCUGCCAUCUCCAAUGAUGGUGUCCUAUGCCAUAUCCCCACAAUUGGCCCAUACACCACCGAACGCCUCAUAACAUUCCUGAAUGCACUUCAUAAGAGGCUGAUCCCACCCAAGGAGAGAAGUCUGUUGAGGCCUGGCAUGCCACUCUUCAUCAUUAUCUGGGACAAUGUGGCGUUCCACCACUCUCGCGUUGUCAAUGAGUGGUUUGGAGUACACCCUCGUAUGAGGAUGCUGUUCCUCCCAGCAUAUUCCCCAUUUUUGAAUCCCAUAGAGGAGUUCUUCAGUGCUUGGAGAAGUGUGAAGGUUGCACUGGCCUUGGCUAAUGGUAAUGAAGUUGUGUCUGUACCCACUGAGGCACCAUGCACCAGACCUGGACAAGUGCAGGCCAUUAUAGGAGGGACCUCUUCCUCUACUAGCAUGGCUAUGGCUACUGUCAUCGGACCCUUGCAUAUCCCAGUGGUGGGUAAGACUG